UAUAGUGAACAAGUGAAAUCUUAUCUCAAACAAAAAUCAGAAAAACAAUAAUGGAACGUUGGCAAAAUAAAGUAGCUGUAGUGACCGGUGCUAGUUCGGGUAUUGGCGCUGCGGUAGUCAAAGACUUAGUCAAUGCUGGCUUGAUUGUCGUAGGUUUAGCACGUCGUGUAGGGCGCGUUGAAGAACUUAAAGAACAAGUUGCUGCGGGAAAGCAACAAAAUCUAUAUGCACGUCAAUGUGAUGUUUCCAAUGAGGAUUCAGUGAAUGAAGGAUUUGAUUGGAUUGAAAAGAAUCUAGGUGGCAUAGAUAUACUGUUGAAUAAUGCUGGUCUUUAUAAGGAAGGAAAUUUAUGUGAAUUAGACACAAAUAUAUUACAGGGAAUACUACAGACCAAUGUUAUGGGCGUGGUAUAUUGCACAAAACGUGCAUUCAAAUCAAUGAAGGAACGUAAUUUUGAUGGUCAUGUUUUAAUAAUAAACAGUAUUUCUGGUCAUAACGUGUUAAAUACUGCAAUUCUCAAAUCACCAUCCAGUAAUAUAUGCUCGCCAUCGAAAUUCGCUGUGACUGCUAUGACAGAAGUUUAUCGGCAAGAAUUCAAUAAUUUGGAAACUAAGAUUAAAAUAACUAGUAUUAGCCCUGGAUUAGUUUCAACGGAGAUGCUUCCGGAACAGUUAAAAAAAACUAUGUUGGGUCGUACAUUGCUACCCGAGGAUAUUUCUAAUGCAGUUCUAUUCGCAAUAUCCACACCACCGCAUGUGCAAAUUCAUGAGUUAACUAUUAAGCCGGUAGGAGAAGUCCUUUAAGUUUAAAAUAAUCAUAUGUGAUAAAUGAAAUAAUUAUUUGUUGAGAAUGAUAUA